UUACCCCUUCAAAUAUCUUCACUUUGGGUGCCCAGUAAUUUGUUUGGCAGCCUACGAAAUUCCAAUCUUUCUCAUUAUUUUUCCCGAGAAAAUUCAGAUAUUUAUUUCCCGUGAUUAAGAUUCAUCUCGCUUCAGAUUCCCUCCCUUGUUAAUGGUUUCUGAAGUGAAGGGAGGAUAUUGCUAUAUAUGUUAUUGAAAAUUUGAGCUUUUUAGUGUUAUAAUAUCCAAAGAAAGACUAAAUGGCCGGAAGAAACCGUGGGCCGCCUCUUCCGAUGAAAGGUGCUCCUCAUGUGGGGCUGCCACCUACAGUCCAUGAAGCCGCAUUAGGGAGGGGCCUGGGGCCAAUGACGCCCCAUCCGGCAUUGCUGGAGGAAAUGAGAGAAUCCCAAUUCGGCAUGGGUCCUAGAGCUCUCCCACCCCAUCCAGUGAUCAUUGAGGAGCGCCUUGCUGUUCAGCAUCAAGAUAUUCAAAGUCUUUUAGCUGAUAACCAGCGGUUAGCUGCUACUCAUGUUGCACUAAAGCAGGAAUUGGAAGUUGCACAGCAUGAGUUGCAGCGGAUGGCGCAUUUUGCUGAAUCUUUGCGGGCAGAUAAGGAUGUUCAAAUGAGGGAAGUGUAUGACAAGUCGGUUCACUUGGAGGUUGAUCUUCGAGCAGCAGAGGCAAUGCGGGGUGAGCUUCAUAAGGUUCAGGCUGAUAUUAAGGAGCUUACUGCUGUGAGACAGGAACUGACAGGCCAAGUUCAAGUAAUGAGUCAAGAUUUGGCUAGGGUUACGGCAGAUUUGCAACAGGUACCAGCUCUGAAGGCAGAAAUUGAGAACAUGAAACAGGAACUACAACGUGCAAGAGCUGCUAUUGAGUAUGAGAAGAAAGGAUAUGCAGAGAACUAUGAACAUGGCCAGGUGAUGGAGAAGAAAUUGAUUUCAAUGGCUCGGGAGUUGGAGAAGCUCCGAGCAGAGAUUGCUAACACUGAGAAGAGAGCACGUGCAGCUGCUGCUGUUGGAAACUCUGCAGGUGCCAGUUAUAAUGCUAGUUAUGGCACUCCUGAAGCUGGGUAUACUGUAAAUCCUUACCCUGCUAGCUAUGGCAUGAAUCCAGCUGGUGCAGAAACUUAUCCUCAUUAUGGACCUGGACCUGGACCUGGAUCUUGGGGUGCAUAUGAUUUGCAGCGAGCCCAAGGACACAGAUAGAUUGGUCAUCAGAUUGUGCUAAAAUUAUCUUACCUGGUAUCUCAGGCUGCAACUUAUUAGGGAUAUAAUUAGCUCAAACUGUUGUAACAUGAUUCAUGAUAGAUAUUUUGGAGAUAUGUUCUUCUGUUUGAGUUUUUGAAGUUGCACUUAAAUAUUGGUCUCAUCAUUGCAUUGAGGAGCCAGAGCCUAUUGCUAGUUGAUAUCUUUUUUGGCAAAUAUAUUCAACAGCUUCUGUAUAUUUAUUGCAUUUCAGUUUGAUUGAUGUACGCAUGUUCUUUUUGGCUUUAAUUAGCUGUUUUCAUGGAACUUGCUUUUGUUUCA